ACCACCUCUGCUCUCCCUGCCUUGACUCUCCUACCCACCAUCCUCUCCCGCCCCUCUCCUCCUCUUCCUCUUUCCCCCGCCCCCCUGGCCCACCGCCUUCUCCCACGGCUCCCUCCUCGACCUCCAAGAUAGAUUCCCUCAGGAGCAAGGUUGACCUGCUCAAGCUGCCGCUGGCCCUCUCAACCAAGUCUAUCUCAGAGCGCAAGAGCCAGCUGGGCGGCGUCGGCAAGCCGUGCAGCACGGGCGGAGGAGGAGGAGGAAGCGGGGCUCGCAAAGCCCGCUCGCCGCCCACCGGAGACAUGGACAACGAGUCGCAGUAUUCGGGAUACUCGUACAAGUCUUCCCACUCCCGGAGCUCCCGCAAGCACAGGGAUCGGCGGGAUCGCCAUCGCUCCAAAAGCAGAGAUGGCAGCAGCCGCGGAGACAAGUCGGUGACAAUUCAGACGCCCGGAGAGCCGCUGCUGGAUGCAGAAUCCACUCGCGGAGAUGACCGGGAUGACAACUGGGGCGAGACCACAACUGUGGUCACGGGGACGUCGGAGCACAGCAUCUCCAACGAGGACCUGACGCGAGUCACCAAGGACCUGGAAGAGUCGACGCCUCUGGAGUGCAAGCGCUUCCUGGGCCCAGCACUGGGCGGCUGCCUGAGCUUUUUCGCGCUGGUGACGCCGCUGGCUUUCCUGGUGCUGCCGCAAGCGCUGUGGCGCGAUGCCCUGGAGCCUUGCGGCACGCCAUGUGAGGGCCUCUAUGUCUCGCUAGCCUUCAAGCUGCUAGUGCUGCUCAUCUCUUCGUGGGCCCUGUUCCUCCGGCCGCCGCGCGCCACCCUGCCGCGCUUCUUCGUCUUCCGCUGCCUGCUCAUGGUGCUGGUCUUCCUCUUCGUGGCGUCCUACUGGCUCUUCUAUGGCGUGCGUGUGCUGGAGCCCCGUGAGCGUGACUACCGUGGCAUCGUAGAGUAUGCGGCCUCGCUGGUGGACGCGCUGCUCUUCAUCCAGUACCUGGCGUUGGUGCUGCUGGAGGUGCGCCACCUGCAGCCCGCCUUCUGCCUCAAGGUGGUGCGCAGCACAGACGGGGCUAGUCGGUUCUACAACGUGGGCCACCUCAGUAUCCAACGGGCAGCCGUGUGGGUGUUGGACCAUUACUACAACGACUUUCCCGUCUACAAUCCCGCCCUGGUCAACCUGCCCAAGUCCAUUCUGUCCAAGAAGAUGACAGGCUUCAAAGUCUACUCGUUGGAUGAAAAUCCCGCCAACAAUUCGACAGGCCAGUCGCGCGCCAUGAUCGCCGCAGCCGCCAGGAGGCGAGACAACUCCCACAACGAGUUCUACUACGAGGAGGCGGAGAUGGACCGUAGGAUCCGCAAGCGCAAGGCCAGGCUGGUGGUGGCGGUAGAGGAGGCAUUUACGCACAUCAAGCGCCUCCACGAGGAGGAGGCGGCGUCGACCUCGUCCCCCAAGCACCCUCGGGAGGUGAUGGACCCCCGUGAGGCGGCACAGGCCAUCUUCGCCCCCAUGGCACGGGCUAUGCAGAAGUACCUGAGGACCACGCGACAGCAGGCCUUCCACAGCAUGGAGAGCAUCCUCACGCACCUGCAGUUCUGCAUCACGCACAACAUGACGCCCAAGGCCUUCCUGGAGCGUUACCUGAGCCCAGGGCCCACCAUGCAGUACCAGCAGCACAACGACAGGGGGCGCCAGUGGACGCUGGUGAGCGAGGAGCCAGUAACGUCGGCGCUGCGCCAAGGCCUGGUCUUCUCCGUGCGCCGCCUCGACUUCUCCCUGGUGGUCACUGUCACGCCGCUGCCCUUCCUGCGCCUCAGCGAGGAGUUCGUGGACCCCAAGAGCCACAAGUUCGUCAUGCGGCUCCAGUCCGAGACGUCCGUUUGAAGGCCCGCGCUCUCCCCGAGAAUGGGGGGAGAAAAAAAAAAACCUUCAAUCAGCUCCUGAUGCCUUGGACUUGUCUUUUUUGUGUUGGUGAUGAAACAUGCUGGGAAAAAAAGGCAUAUUUUUUUUCUUUUUUUUUUAACAAAGGCGCCUUUUUUUGUUGUAACCACUUGAACUACGUGACCACCACCACGACUGCGAUGCCACAUCUUCUCGUCUCAAAAACUGUGACCGCAACACACCACCACUGCUGGUGCCUGACCAAUUUACACAUUUUUUAUUGUUUUUAUAGUCUCGUACAAAGUAGGAUUGAAAGCCGCACUGACAAAAAAAGAACAACAACAAAAAAACACAUUAUCCUAAUAGCAUACUUGCCUAAGUCAUUUUUUAAGGUUUUCGGAAAACAACAACAACAAACAAGACCAACAAAUUUAACAUGAGAGAAGAGUCCAGUUGCCUCGAUUCAACUUUUGCGGAUUACCGUGACCUGGAUGACCGAGAAUCUACACAAAGAAAUAAACUUUUUUCCGGUAUUGAUUUUGUGACAGUAAGUUAAAAAUAACUUGGGCAAUUAUGCUGUUAGGCUAAUGAAAUAGCUUCAUAUAUAUAUAUUUUUUUUAAAGACAAAAAAAUUAAAGCGUACUAGAAUGAAGUUGCAUUUUUCGGGAGUAAAGUCAUAUUUUUGCAGAUGAACAGUUCACAUUUUUUUUUCAAGAGCAAAGUGCUAAUACUGUGAGACCGAAGUUGUAUAAGCAACAAAGUAGGCAUACCAAUUUUUUUUUUUUUUUUUUUUUUUUUUUUUUUUUUAAAUAUAUAAACCCAAUCAAGAUUGGGGUUAAAACAGUUGCCGCUGACAAGUUCCUCCGUCGAUUAACAGCCUGCUGAAUUUCAACGGAAAACAAAGGGAAACCCGAAUCCGCGAUGGAGGUUUUUGAUUGAUAGCUGGAGGUGGGAUUUUCAGAGUACUCGGUGGAGUUGGGAUUUUCAGAGUACUCCGUGACAAGGCCACAGCGUCGGGAAGCUCAAAGAAUGUCUCGAUUCCUGACUAUUUUGAAACCUGAUUUCACCUACUUUUUUUUUUUUUUUUUGUUACUGCUAUUUUUUUUGUCCAGUCAUUCAUUGUCUGGCUUGUUAACUUGAAUUUAAAAGACAUUUUUUUUGGGACUGUUUUGUGGCACUUUAAGCUUCUGACUUUUGUUUUUUUUUUUUUGGAAGAAAAAAAAAAAAAGCUUUUUUUUCUUGAAUAUAGCUUCAUCCUCAUGGGAUGGCAACUUUUUGAGGGUGCGGGGGACGAGAGUACAUUAUUGGAAAAGUCAGACUUCAUUGAAAAAUGUGACAUAAUCCUUGAAAAAUGUGACUUCAUUCUUGAAUUAUGUCUUUAUUCUUGAAACUUUUGAUUUUUAUCCCCCCCCCCUUCAGUGCAGCCUUGAUCCUCAUUGGUACUCACAACAGAAUGUAGCAUCUUGUGGUCAAAUAACACUUUUCUGAUAUAUGAGAACACUUCUCUCUUUGUAUGUUCAUGUUUUUGGUUGGCAUCGACAUUUCACUUUACACAAAAAUUACACCUUAACACAAAAAAAAUACUAAAAAAAAAAGCAACAUUUUGUUUCCAGUCCAUAUAUCUUUAACUACAGAUGACACCAUAACACUUAUUUAGUGCAUUUGCUUCUUUUAUUUGUCAACUCGUUUUUAAUAGCUCAUGUGCUUUUGAAAAAAUGCAUAGUUAAGCAAAUUUUUCCUUUAAACUUCAAAAUGCAGAUUUUUAUUUCGUAACAAACCUAUCACAUUCUCAUCCACCAUGUCCGUACUUCAGUUUUGUGGAUGUUUUCAGAGACUGCAUAUCAGAAAACCAUGAACGCAACCUUAACGCCUUAACUGGCUCGAAGCUGUGCAAGUGUGUCCGGCACAUUUCGAACAAAAACAUCCAAACAGAACUUCUCACCAGAGUUCUUUAGGGCUCCAAAACUUUACAUUUUUCUAAUAAAUUGUCUUAUAAUUUCUUUGAAGGUGCCUAAAUUAUGAUGCGAUUUUUUUUUUUUCCUGAAUGUUUUUUUGCGAGUGGUGUGUAAAAAAACAAAAAGAUGGUAAUAAUGUAGAUUUUUAUUUUUUUUUGUCUUUGUAUUUUUUUUUUAAACUCUUGUUAGCGUUGUAUAAAGUGUUGUUAGUAU